AUGACCAGUUCCAUAUUAGAAGAAAAUGAUUCUGAUUAUUUUGACGAUGAAAAUAGUGGUUCGGAAACAGAAGAUCAUGAAAGUCAAACAUCGGAUGAUGAUGAUGAAAUUGAUUUAGAAAAUCUUAAAUUAAAUGAUAAUUCUACUUGGCAGAGUUUAUAUAAUUCCAAAUCUGCUGGAUUGACCGAAGUUACUGCAAAUAUUUCAUCAAUUGAAGAUGCAUUUCUUUCUUUUAUACCAGAAAAAAUGCUUGAAAAAAUUUUAAUUUAUUCAAACAUCGAAUAUAGUCAAAGCGUCACUUCCACUGAAAAAUCAAAAGAAAUAGCUAUGAUUGAAUUAAAAGCUUUUAUUGGACUUUUAUUACUUGCUGGUUUAUUAGGAAAAUCGAGGACAGAUUUACAAUGUUUAUGGAGAAGAAGUUCAUUAGAAUCUCCGAUCUUCAAAGCUACCAUCUCAAGAAGUCGUUUUCAAAAGAUUAUUGCUUGUUUACGUUUCGACUACAAAAAAACACGAGAAGAAAGAAAAAAAACAGAUAAAUUUGCCGCAAUUCGUGAAGUUUGGUCUUAUUUUCAAGAUAAUAUGCAAAAGUGUUAUACACCAGAAUCUGAUAUCACUAUUGAUGAACAACUAUUAGGAUUUCGUGGAAAAUGUCCUUUUCGACAGUAUAUGCCCAAGAAACCUGAUAAAUAUGGAUUAAAAUUUUGGUUAUGUGUUGAUGUAGAUUCACAUUACGUAUUCAAUGCAUUUCCUUAUCUUGGACGACAACCGACGGAAAAAAGACAAACCCAAAUAGGUGCCAGAGUAGUUUUAGAAUUGCUCAAACCACUUUAUGGUUCAAGCAGAAAUGUUACAAUGGAUAAUUUUUUUACAAGUGUUCCAUUAGCCAAAGAACUUCAAGCAAAAAAUUUAUCUCUUAUAGGAACAUUGCGAAAAAAUAAACCGGAAAUACCUAUAGAAUUCCAGUCAAGUAAAAAUCACGAAGUUGGCUCUUCGCUGUUUGGUUUUCAGGAUGGUUUAACUAUAGUUUCAUUUGUACCUAAAUACAACAAGGCCGUUUUACUACUUUCAUCCAAACAUCACGAUAGCCAAGUGGAUAAUCAAACUGGUAAACCAAUUAUUAUUUUGGAUUAUAAUAAAACAAAAGGAGCUGUUGACACAAUUGAUCAAUUAUGUCACAAAUAUACGUCAGCUCGACUACAUGAAGAAGAAUUAUUUCGACCACUUGUAUUAUUAUUAAGUCGUCAAAAUUCUAGUUGGACGGCAUCUGAUAUUGCAAAUUUCUUCGAACAGUCAGACAAUCCACCAAAUUUAAAUUGA